AUGAAUGAAUCUAAAGGUACCCUGUUAUCAAAAGGGUUAUGGCUCAAUGAGCCGAAAGAAGUUACAGAAGACGCGGGUAAACUUAGCUUCAAAACGGAUGAGAAAUCUGACUUCUGGCGUGAAACCUACUAUGGAUUUACCCGUGACAGUGGACAUUUCUUAGGAAUGAAGACAGGCAAUGCUUUCUCUGCACAAUUACGGGUUCAGGGAAGUUACGAGGGCCUAUAUGACCAGGCUGGUAUAAUGGUACGUAUAGAUGAUAGCCAUUGGCUCAAAGCUGGCAUAGAAAUAUCUGAUGGUCAAGCAAUGCUAAGCAGCGUUUUAACAAAUGAAAUAUCCGAUUGGUCAACUGCUGUUUAUGGUGGAAAUCCUUAUGAUUUCUGGCUUCGGAUUACCGUCGAAAAGGGAGUUUUAAGGCUUCAAGUGUCUUCAGACAAAAAGACAUGGCCACUGGUACGUUUAGCCCCAUUUCCUGUGUCAGACCACUAUCUAGUUGGACCGAUGGCCUGCUCACCUGAACGUGCUGGGUUACAAGUCACCUUCUCAGAAUGGGAUCUCACAGCUCCUUUGGGAAAAGCUUUACAUGAUCUAACUUAG